CAGAAGCCAGAGCCUCUUGCACCUUCCAAAGACCAGAGCUGUAAGUCUUCCGGAACCUCUGCAUUAUCUGACAGUGGAAGGAAGAACCUCCCAAGAUGGCUUCUAAUAAUGACCCCACUGUAAUCUCAAUGAUAGAAAGACAUAUUUGUGACCUUCCUGAAACAAACACCAGUGGCCUGAAGACAUUGACUGAAGAGGCCGUGUUGAGUUUUCACAACAUAAGUUACCAAGAAACAGUACAGAGUGGCUUUCCAUUUCGUAAAAAGACAUAUGUGAUAGAAAGACUAUCAAACAUCAGUGGGAUCAUGAAACCUGGCCUCAAUGCCAUUAUGGGACCUCAAGAUGGGAGCAGAUCUUUGUUAUUAGAUGUCUUAGCUGCAAGGAGAGAUCCGUGUGGAUUGUCAGGAGAUAUUUUGAUAAAUGGCAAACCUCGACCUGCUAAUUUCAAAUGUACUUCUGGUUAUGUACCACAAAAUGAUGUGGUGUUGGGCACAGUGACCGUGAGAGACAAUUUAGAGUUCUCAGCAGCUCUUCGUCUCCCAGUGACUAUAACAAGAGAUGAAAAGAGAAGGCGGAUUAAUGAAGUGCUUGAACUUCUGCAUCUGAGUAAAGAACAAAAUAUCAAGCCUAGAUCCAAAGAACUCAGGAAAAGGACCAGUAUAGCAAUGGAGCUGGUCACGGAGCAUCCCAUUUUGUUCUUGGAUGAUCCCACAACUGGCUUAGAUUUGAGAACUACGACUGAUGUCAUUUUAGUCCUGAGAAGGAUGUCAAAGAAGGGACAGACCAUCAUCUUCUCCAUUAAUCAGCCUCAGUACUCCAUCUUCAGAUUUUUUGAUAGCCUCACCUUAGUGGCUUCAGGAAAAACUAUGUUUCAUGGACCUGCACAGGAUGCUUUAGAGUACUUCAGAUCUGCAGGUUACAACUAUGAAUCCCACAACAACCCUGCAGACUUCUUCCUGGAUGUCAUUAAUGGAGGUUUCUCUGAUAUAUUAGACGCAGACGAAGACGGCCAUGAAGCUGACAAAUAUGAAGAGCUUUUUGAGAGACAGUAUCAAGUCACAGGAAAACUGGCCAAUAUGUAUGCCCAGUCCCCCUUAUACAGUGAGACAAGAGCCAUCCUGGAUCAACUCAUGGGGGAACAGAAGCUGGAGAGGAGCUUAGCUGUGGAGACUACAUGUGUCACCCCUUUCUGCCAUCAGCUCGGGUGGAUUAUCAGUCGAUCAUUCAAAAAUUUCAAGGGUUUCCCAUGGGUCACUAUGAUUCAGGCCAUUAUCACAGUCAUACUGGCUGCAGCCGUAGGCACUGCUUUCCGUGUCCUAAGAAAUGAUUGUAUUGAAGUCCAGAUGAGAGCCGGCCUACUUUACCUGCUCACCAUCUUCCAGUGUAUCACAAGUGUGUCUGCAGGAGAGCUCUUUGUGAUUGACAGGGUUCGCUUUCUACAUGAGCACACCAGUGGAUACUACAGAGUGUCAUCCUAUUUCUUUGGGAAAUUGCUGGCUGAGCUAAUANNNNACACAAUUCUCUUAACUUGGGUAGUUGGACUAAUUCAUUUUUUUCUCUAAGGAGUAAAAACAAGUAUGAUCUGUUUCUUCACUAUGAUAUGUACCAUCAUGGUACUGGCCUAUUCUGCCAGUUCCUUGCCAUUGUCCAUAGGAGCCGGGGAGAACGCAGUGGCUGUUCCAACACUGCUUGUGACAAUCUACUUUGUGUUCAUGCUGUUUUUUUCAGGUCUGUCACUAUAUUCUGGAAGCUUCCUGCCUAAGCUCUCAUGGAUUCAGUACUUUAGCAUUCCUCAUUAUGGAUUUAGGGAAGUUAACAGAAGCAGAGACCCUGUGACACCCACAGUCAUUCUGGCUUCACACGUCUCUCUGCAGCAGAGUGUACCUUGA